GCACACAACUAGACCAUCGCACAGAACCAAAGUUCUCGACUAUAGCAGAAUGCAGAUUUUAGUUUGUUUACUCCUGGUCAUCUGUAGCGCAGUCAGCGCCUCAGCGAAAGUAGGUUAUGGAAGAGUAGGGUACGGAGGAGGUGGAUACGGAGGCAGAUUUGGAGGAGGAUACGGAGGAGGUGGAUACGGAAGAGGAUAUGGUGGAUACGGAGGUAAAUUCGGUGGAUUUGGUGGAUUAGGUGGUGGAAUUGGAGGAUAUGGUGGAAUCGGUAGUGGAUACGGAGGAGGAUAUGGACAAGCAAUUGUAUUACAAGUACCUGUAGCUGUAGGAUAUGGCGGUUAUGGUGGAUAUGGUGGCUACGGAGGUGGAUUCGGUGGUUUCGUCGGUGGAUUAGGUGGUAACAGAGGUGGAAUCGGUGGUUACGGUGGUGGAUAUGGUGGUGGUUAUGGUGGUUUGAAUAGUUAUGGUUAUGGAAAGGGCAAAGGAUAUUAGACGCAGAUUUCCAGCCACAACGGAAAACGAAUGAUAUAUUAUUACAAUUCUGAAAUAAACGUAAUCGCUGCAUCGAAUUUGUGUUGACAUUUUCUAUCAAAUUUUUAAUGUUACUUCAUAGAUUGAAGCAGCACCAAGACUCAAGCAAAUUGAAUUGGUGUAGGGAGAAAACGUUCACAUCCGAAAAUUAUUGUCCUAAAUGAUUUUUUCCAGAUCAUGUAUUUUUUUUUUAAAUUCCAUUAGGGAUAGCAAGGUAUCAAC